AAAAUCCUCACCCGUAGAAGAAGAAGAAGAAAAAAAAAAAAAAGAAAAAAAACACACCGACAACCUCAAGCAACGCAACAGAAGAACAGAGCACUUACCUUAAUCGUAGAUUUUCUCUUGUCUGUAAUCUUUCUUUAGGUUUCAGGAAAUGAACGGACAAAGUGAGACCGAUUUUGCCCUUCUUGAAUCAGUUCGGUGGCACUUGCUAGGAGAAUCCAUGGCUUCUUGUAAUAAUUCAACCCCUGCUCUUCCUGCCACUACCCCUGUAUAUUGCAGGAGCUCAAGCUUUGGCAGUUUGUACCCUUGUUUAACGGAAACUUGGGGCGAUUUGCCACUCAAAGUCGAUGAUUCUGAAGAUAUGGUGCUUUACGGCGUCCUCCGCGACGCUCUCACUGUUGGCUGGGUCCCUUGCCUCAAGAAUGAGCUGCAACCGGAUUUCCCUCCGGUGAAGUUGGAACCCCAGGAGAAUUUCGCGUUGUUGCAGGAGAGUGUUGCUACUCCGGCGACCACUGUACUGCCUCCUGAGACGAUUGCGUCUCAAGAUGCUGAUGCUGCUGUUACUACUACUCCCGCAGCGGCCCCUGCGAAGGGGAAGCAUUACAGGGGAGUCAGGCGGCGGCCGUGGGGUAAAUUCGCAGCGGAGAUUCGAGACCCGGCAAAAAAAGGGGCUCGGGUUUGGUUAGGCACAUUCGAGACAGCGGAGGAUGCGGCUUUGGCUUAUGAUCGCGCUGCUUAUCGAAUGCGUGGCUCGAGGGCGCUGUUGAAUUUCCCGUUGAGGGUGAAUUCCGGGGAGCCCGACCCGGUGAGAGUGACUUCGAAGAGGUCAUCGCCGGAGCCAUCAUCCUCGACAUCAUCGGGAUUGGAGAGUGGUUCACCGAAGAGGAGAAGGAAGGCUGUGACUUCCGCCACGACAACGGCUUCAACUACUACAGUAGUGGCAGAAGCCGGUUGAAACUGGAAAAUGCAUUUAAAUACCAGGAGGCAGCAAGUACACAUGACGAGCAGCUAUUGGUUAGCCAGUAAUACUAAAUGGGACUGCUCUACACAUCUGCAACAAUGGAAGUACAGAAAAAAAAAAAAGAAAAGAUUGAUACCUCAAAUCGGCAGUGUAAAAUGUCCAUAAGCAUUUCCAUAAUUUUUGAAGUUUGAAAAGAGAAAAAAAAAAAAAAAGAAGAGCAGUUUGGCUUGUGAAUACAAAAAUAUGUUUUUUGUAUGAUGGAAACUUUUUCUCUUGAAUGGAAACAUUUUAUUCUUUAUGGAUUUA